CGGGCGUACUUGGCCAUGGCCACGGCCAGCCGCCAGAGUGGAAUUGACUGGUAGCUAAAUGGAUAGAUGGGCGUCCAUCUUGAAUUUCGCUGGAUUUGUGCCGGUUAUGUGAUAGAAGUGUAAUUUGUAUAUUGAACUCUAAGUUAUUCGUUAAUUUUCAAGACCUAUAUGUAUGCUCGAAGUAAUUAUUGUUAAAAUUUAGGAUAACUGCAGGGAUGUGUUAGGUUAUACAUCAAUACAAGUGACUCGUAAAUUAUCAUUACUCAAGACAUAUGCGAUAUCUGGUAAGAGCAUCGUCGAUAAAACCUUAGGUUGGCAAAGGUAUCACACGAUGGCAGUACCUAGUAGAGCUCGGGUAUAUGCCGACGUUAACUCACAAAAGCCCAGAGAGUAUUGGGAUUAUGAAAGCUUUGUAGUAGACUGGGGAAAUCAAGAAGACUAUGAGUUGGUUCGAAAACUUGGCCGUGGAAAAUACAGUGAAGUAUUCGAAGCAAUUAAUAUUAAAAACAAUGAAAAAUGUGUAGUUAAAAUAUUGAAGCCUGUUAAGAAGAAGAAAAUAAGAAGAGAAAUUAAAAUAUUAGAAAAUUUAAGAGGAGGCACAAAUAUAAUAUCAUUACAAGCUGUAGUAAAAGAUCCUGUAUCCCGCACCCCAGCACUCAUAUUUGAACAUGUCAACAACACUGAUUUUAAACAACUCUAUCAAACACUAACAGAUUAUGAUAUAAGGUAUUAUCUGUAUGAACUUUUGAAAGCAUUAGAUUAUUGCCACAGUAUGGGCAUAAUGCAUAGAGACGUAAAGCCUCACAAUGUAAUGAUUGAUCAUGAUAAUAGAAAGUUACGUCUCAUUGAUUGGGGAUUAGCUGAAUUUUAUCAUCCUGGACAAGAAUACAAUGUUCGUGUUGCUUCAAGGUACUUUAAGGGACCUGAACUCCUGGUUGACUAUCAAAUGUAUGAUUACUCAUUGGAUAUGUGGUCACUAGGAUGUAUGUUGGCAUCCAUGAUUUUCCGUAAGGAGCCAUUCUUCCAUGGACAUGAUAAUUAUGACCAACUUGUACGCAUUGUCAAAGUGCUGGGCACUGAAGAAUUGUUUGAAUACUUGGAUAAGUAUCACAUAGAAUUGGAUCCACGUUACAAUGAUAUACUUGGAAGGCAUUCUCGUAAACGGUGGGAUCGAUUUGUACAUUCAGAAAAUCAGCACUUAGUUUCUCCUGAAGCUUUAGACUUCUUGGACCGUCUUUUGCGCUACGACCAUUAUGAGCGUUACACGGCCCGUGAAGCUAUGGACCAUCCAUACUUUUAUCCCAUUGUGAAGGAGCAAGGCAGAAUGGCAUCUUCUAAUUCACCAACUCCAAAUGCAUUGCAGGGGGCAAUAAAUGCAAAAGAAUAAUAUUUUAAAUAUUAAAUAAUGCUCUUUAUAACAGUAUGUUAUGAUAUAUAUAUAUAUAUUUAUAUAUAUUCACCCAUACAAGACUCUGGAAGAUUUACAUUGAAAACUUUGCGCUAAUGGAGUCCAUAAGAAAUGCAGAAGGGACACAAUUGAGAAAUUACUCCUUUGUUUUGAACUCUAUUCCAUUCUACUUUAACAUAUAAUUUGGACCUACAUACUUUAGUGUUUAAAUGUUAGUAAAAUCUGGUUAAUGAAUUGUUUUAAAAGUGUUUUCAUCUGGUAUAAAACCACCUCAUCAGCCCAAAAGCUUUCUGUUUGGGAGAAUUUUGUAUGGAUAGUUCCAUUGAUACAAAAGAAUCCAUUAUCUUUCUAUUUUAUGUGGUAUACAUUUUGGAGUUUCAUUGCACUUGAUCUUUGCAUUUAUUAACCUAUGGUAUUAUUGUAAUUACUUGUAUGAUAUGAUACUGAUAACAUCCACAUACUGUUUUUAGAUACUGGUUAUUAGCUAUUUUGUUGGUACUUGGGUUAAAAUUUUGUAUUUAUUUUAUAAAAGUGUAGAUAUGUGAGUAAAUACAAAAUUAUAACUUUUUUCAUUAUACAUGAUUUUAAGGAAUACCAGUAAAGUUAAUUAUUAUGAAUAGUGAUGUUCAAUAACAUUGCUUCUAUUAGUAUAUUUUCGAUAAGUUACAUUAGCUGUCCCUAUAAAUAUAAUAUAGUUAAAUCGAGUCAGUCUUCAGCAAAAAUGGUGAGCUACAUUGUUUUAUAAUUUAUUUUUAAUGUAAUGACUUGAAGUUGUUACAUCAAAAUUUUCUUAAUAAACAGACUAACUUUGCCUGAUA